GGACUUAAAAUGAUAAAAGGACGUCAGAAGUGCUUCGCUCAUGUAAACAUGUGUAUCUGGCGACUUAUAAGAAGACCGUUCACCCGAGCAAGUGCGGAUCAGUCAGUCAAGGCUGUUAUCAUUCCUCUGAAGGAUGGCAUCUGCUCUCUCACCAGAGUCUACGAAUUCCUCAUAGAUGCAGAUGUAGAUCCCAUUAGUGGACAGUGCUCCAACUACAGCUCCAUCAGACAGCAGAUAGUGCAGACCCAGCAAAGUCUGGAGGAAUCAGAACAGGCAGCCAGUACAGGACUGAAGAGUCUGGAUGAACACCUUGAGAGAGUUACAGUACUUGAGGGAAAACUUGAAGUGGAGAUGAGAAAUACAGAAAGCACCUUAGGUAACUUGGAAAUAGAGCAGAAAACUAAUGUAAAGUUACUGAAUGACUCUCAAAAUGCUUUGGAUCAGUCUAGACACAAUCUGGAUUUAGCUGAAGAAACUCUCCGUAUUCAGGAAAAGAGGAGACGUGAUGCUGAGAUAGUAACAGGAGUGGGCGCAGGACUGUUAAUAAUUCCAGUUGUUGGAUGGAUUGCUGGGGCUGUCAUGGCAUCUGUUGGUGCAGUAGAAAUGUCUCAAGCUUCAGAUGGUAUCAGAGUGGCUAAAGAAGAGUUGAACAAGUCUGAGUCUGAAGUAGAAAAGUACAAAAGUAAAGUUUCUGACUAUGAUUCCAAGAUUCAACAGCUGAAGCUCAACAUCAGUCAGACGCAUGAUAACGUGAAGCAGAUCCAUGAAGAGAUGCAACUGGUGAAGGAACAGAGAGAAGGUGUGGCUGAGUUCCAGAGGAAAGUGAGAAGAGCCGUCCACCUCCUGAGUGUUCUGAGUGGGAAGACCAGAGUGGCUGAGUGUCACACUCGCAGAUUUAUCCUCCAGGAACCAGUGAUGAAGGUGAUGGAGGAAGUGAUGGAGGCAGCAGGACAAAUCACCGAGAAUGAGCUCCUGUGUACUGAAGGCGUUCCACAACUCAUCAAUACCAUGAGAGAGACUCACCAAAGACUGUCAGCAUUAUGUACCUCAAACAGCAGUUCUGAAUACCCAUUUCUGGUGCAUUAAAUUCUUAUAAUCCUUCUUUUAUUUCUUUAUUUCUUCCUUUCCUUGGCUAUUUGUUCAAAUGUUCAUAUUUCUUGGUUUUAGGGUGCUGUUCAGUUUUCUUGAUGAAGAAUAAUAUGCUUUUAUCAAUAAUGCCAUUUUCAUUCUGCAAUUAUUGAAAUGUUUUAUGAACUUUCUUUAACACAGUUUAAAAAUAUAUAACGAUUUCAAAAUAAAAUAUCCAUCACUCUAAAUAACUAGCAAUCUACCCUCCAUCACUUUGUAUCCUUUGUGACUUGAUGCCCAUUUUGAACAAACAGCAGCUCUUUCUAAGACACACACACAAAAGCCACCUUAUACAGAAUAGCUUCAUCCUUCUUUCACACUUAUAACUAAUAUUCUUGCUUACUUUAUAAACUUGUUUUAUGAGUUGUUAGCUAGUGGCAGGAACCUCUUAUCUUGGUGUGUUACUAUAAUUUAUAUACCUUCUGCACGUUUUUUAAAAUUUCAUGCAUUUUACAGUUAAUAAACCUUUAUCAAAAAGAAAA